UUCAGUCUCGGCAUGUGAGGAGACAUGGCGACAACUCCGAUAUGUGCGCAGCUGCUUGGCCUGUCUGCUGCCAUAUUGUCACUGCUGAGGCCUUAUGGAUGUGAAGUUGUAACCCGGUAUGCAGAGGUUGGGGGCAGAGUGUCGCUGGAUUGUGAAAUCGACCAUCAUUUUAGGUACUUGUACUGGCAGAAGAAAACAGAACUUUCAGCGAUGUUCGUCAAUGGCCUAACCAAUGCAAACGAGUUGACCAUCCUUCCUGAGUACAUCAACCGCUCCAGGGUGUAUGAAAAAAAUGGAACUCUGGAGCUUUGGGAUUUGAAGCUGUCAGAUACUAUGCAUUACACAUGUGACAAAGUCCCCGAAGGUGGCAUGGCUUCCACGUUAUGCACCUACCACCUAAUUGUAACAGCCGAAUACACACAGCCUGUCUUGACGACACACUCCAGUGACGAUGGCCACCUCAAUGUGACCUGUUCCUCCUGGGGAGGGUCUCCCCGCGAUGACCCUCAGUGGCGGGUGUUCGGUGAGCCCAACUCCACUGGCCUAUGGAAGCCGAUGUCGGCCGCACUCCAGGAUCCGACGGACCUCUAUUGGAACGUGACCAGUACCCUCACCCUGAUCUGCACCCAGAAACUCCGCAUCUCUUGUGCCAUUGGGAACGUCACAUCAGAGGAGCUUGAGAUCUGCACACAAUUAUUUCCCUUCCCUCUGAAUGUGAUCGUUGCGAUUGGGGUUGUGGCUGUCUUGGCGCUGGGCAUGCUUCUGUGCGGUAUUGCGCAGCUCCUGAAGAGGUUUUGCCGGGACUCCAAUGGGCAACGUGCACGUGUAGAAGAAAUGCCUUUGCGGACCACACCUGACCCUGCCAGUUCAGAAGAGACGAGCUUCAGUUCACAUGUGGAAGGUCCGCGCGAGCCAGUUUGAUUGGUGGAAAGCAGCGGUCCAUCCACUCUGCCCAGUGUUGUGUCCCUUUGCGCGUUGGACUCAAUGGGAAAGGAAAUGCUGACCCCUGGUGGUGGACAGAUACACUCCAGGGGGCAGAUCCCUCCGCACUCCUCACUGACAUAUGCAGGCUGUGCUGUGUACGACGAGAGAUGUCUCUCAUGAUUGGGAUCGCCAAUCAACAUGAAGUACUCAGCGGUGUCAUUCUCUGGCAUUCACUCUCAGCAGGUGAGAGAUCAUGUAGAUGUCUCAUCACCCGUUCCUGAACCUGUCGAUGCACUAAUGACGUUAAAGCAUACAGUACUGGAGACUGUUUCAAGAAACUGUAUUAAGCUGCACUUUUCCUAGACUUUAUGAACUGUCAUGCCUAUAAAUUCUUGCCCUAAAAGAAUAUUGGAAUAUUUUGAUACAAUAUAAAGUAAUAUAUUAUGCUUUUUGCCUUUGAUAUGCAAUGACUCAAUGAGUCUUAAAAAAAGACAAAUAUGUAGAACAUGAAAUGUUUCUUGUACUUUUGUUCAAAAAAAGUUUUCAAUGGACAUGUUGAUCCGUCUUCAUUUUCUUGCUAUAUUUUUGUAUGCAUAAAUGUUAUUUAAUUACAUUAACUUAUUUUUUUCUUAUUUUGUGU